CAACUAUAAUCAUUAAAAGAUACACUGUACUAGAGAACCUCAUUGGAUUUCAUUAUGCAAUGGAUUGAUACCAACAUUAGCUCAACAGCAGUGGGGCAGGUUGCUUCAUGCUUCUCUCCAGGUAGGAGUCCAACCAUAAUGGGGCAGAAUUCUCCAUGGAAAUUGCUGGAUAACAUAUUUUUACAGAGACACAACAAUGGCCAGUUUCAGUUAACCAAAGUUUGCUGUGAUUUAAUACAAAGUAUCAGGACCAUAAAACAACCAAACAGAACAUUUCAUGGCACAAAGAUUUUUAGAAGUUCUGCUCAGCCAUCUGAAGAGAAAGUAGGCACUUUCACAAAGAUAAUAGAAGCAAUGGGAUUUACAGGGCCACUAAAAUAUAGAAAAUGGAAAAUUAGAAUAGCAGCACUACGCAUGUAUACAUGUUGCGUGGAUAAAAUAGACUAUGAAGAAUUCUUUAACAAAUUACAGAUCCCUGACACUUUCAACUCUUGGUUUUUAAUAGCACAGCUUCAUGUCUGGAUGUGCUUAGUACGAAUAAAGCAAGAGGGACGAGCAGGAAAAUACAUGUGUUACUAUGUAGUAUAUGCUAUGUGGGAAGAUGCUGAGCAACGUGGGAAGGUUAUGGGAGUUAAUGCUCUUAUCCUAAGAAGAAGUCUGAGAACCUUGACAGAAGUUUUCUAUGCGUCUAUUUUUGGAUAUGAUGAGGGAAUACUCUCAGAUGAUCAUGUACUUGCAGCAGCUAUCUGGAGAAAUCUGUUUGAAACAAAUUGCAGUGAUCCUAGGCAGCUGGCAAUGAUGGUAGAAUAUGUGCGCAAGCAGGUGCAGCAUCUGGAUGCUAUGUCAGGAGAAGACCUGCUGCUGUCUGGGGAAGUGACUUGGCGCCCCCUUAUGGAACCUAAUCCACAAAGCAUUGUAAAGCCCGUUUCUCCAGUAUAUAAUGAUGAAGGACUUUGAAUCCUUGUCAACCAACCAGAAAAUGUUUGCUAUUGUGUAUAUUAUCUUUAUACACGGAAUAAUUCCUGGAAGAAGUAACUGGGAAUUCUUAGAAAAAAGCAUAAUAAAUGCUGUACUGCUAUGUUAAAAA